AUGGUGCGUGCGUUGUCAACUCUUAAGCCGUUACCUCGCAAGCCUAUCGCCACCUAUUUACCGACACAUGGCACAUGUGACACGCCCACCGCGCAGUACGCCCACCGAGCAUGUGGCGGCACAUAUGUGCCCCAGUUACCCGCCGCCGCAUGUGCCACACAUGUGGGCGUGCGUGAUCCACUGCGCAUGUUUCAGGGCGUGGCCUCCCCGCCG